AUGGGAAUUGUUCGAGCUGUCAUAGCAUUAGCUGCUGCACAUCAUUGGGAUAUACACCAAAUGGAUGUUUUUAAUGCUUUUUUUCAAGGUGAUUUGAAUGAGGAGGUGUAUAUGGAGUUACCUAUGGGUUUUGUCCAUACCAGUGAGGAGGGGACUAGUCACUAUGAUUAUUCACUGUUCACAAAACAUCAAGGAGAAAGUUUGGUGGUGAUAUUGGUUUAUGUUUAUGAUCUAUUGAUCACAGGUAAUGAUCACAACUUGAUAUUGGAGACCAAGAAAAAUCUCAAGGAAAAUUUCAAAAUCAAGGAUCUAGGAAACUUAAGAUAUUUUUUGGGAAUUGAGUUUGCCAGGAAUGAAACAGGAAUUCUCAUGCAUCAGAGAAAGUAUUCUCUUGAAAUGAUUUCCGAGAUGGGGUUAUCUAGUUCUAAACCUGUUAGAACACCUUUUGAGCUAAAUCAGAAGUUGACUACUACAGAAUUUGAUCUGCAUUUUCCUCCUACAGAUGAGAAUUACAGAUUGCUAAGUGAUCCCAGUGUAUAUCAAAAGUUAGUGGGAAAGCUACUUUAUUUGACGAUAACAAGACCUGACAUUGCAUUUGCAACACAACUUUUGAGUCAAUUUAUGCAUAAUCCAAAAACAUCUCAUAUAAAUGCAGCAACGAGAGUGGUUAAAUAUGUUAAACAUGCACCAGGAUUGGGAAUAUUCAUGUCUGCAGAUUUAGGCAACCAGUUAACUGCAUUUUGUGAUGUAGACUGGACAUCAUGUCCAAACAAUAGGAAAUCUGUAACUGGUUAUAUGAUUACAUAUGGGAACUCUUUGAUCUCAUGGAAGUCCAAGAAGCACAACACCAUCUCAAGAAGUUCAGCUGAGGCUGAGUACAGAAGUCUAGCUUCAACAGUUGCAGAAAUUAUAUGGUUGACUGGGUUGUUUAAAGAGCUGGGAGUACAAGUGAAGUUGCCUGUGCCUAUAUAUAGUGACAGUAAGUCAGCAAUACAGAUUGCUGCUAAUCCAGUUUUUCAUGAGCGAACAAAACACAUUGACAUUGAUUGUCAUUUCAUCAGGGAGAAGGCGCAACAAAGACUCAUUCAACCUAUAUACUUAAACACAACAGAGCAGCCUGCAGAUUUAUUCACUAAGGGUCUUACUUGUGUACAACAUACAUAUCUACUUACCAAGCUGGGAAUGAAGAAUAUUUUUCAUACGCCCAGCUUGAGGGAGGGUGUUAAACAAUUAGUAAAAUGUACAGCUGUCAGUUAG